AUGGCCUGCAAAUUGCAUUUGGUGACCAGUAACAACACCUUAGAGUGUACAGAUAUCAGUCCAGUGAUGUAUCUGGUCACCUAUUUGGGCAGCAUUGUGGCCAAUGAUGGAGACACCGAAUGCAACGUUGCCUGCCGGAUUGGAAAGGGCUUGGUUGUCUUUCAAAGAUUCGCAGCCAUCUUGGCAGGUGGGGUGGUCCCCUCCAAGGGCAAAGUGCACCUCUUCAACAGCAUCAUCAUACCAUUGGCAAUAUAUGUGGCAGAAAUGUGGAAUACAUCAGCAAAGAUUCUCAAUGUAUUUGAGCUACGACACCUCCGGUGGAUACCAGGACCGCUCAUCAUACAUACACACUUGUAA